AUGUGGAAAACUUUUGAUCCUUCUUUAAGAGUUUCCGUCAAUGAAUCAUUUGAAGGUAAACAUGAUGAAGCAUUCUUUUCGUUUGACAAGAGCAAUGAAAACUCAGUGAUCAAAUGUUGCUUACCUCAGCAUGAUUUGGGACCUCAUUUGACAAAUGUUUUUCUUUCCAAUGCAAGAGAUGAGGAAAAACUAAUUUCUUAUGAACGAGUGGUGAAACAAUUCGUAUACGAUGACAGACGCCCAUUUAAGAGUCGUUUCGGGUGGCCAGUGGACUUGUUUAAUUUCAUAUUCCUUUUGUUCACCGUUACAAUGGUGGUUCUGGGUAUGACUGUUUUUCCAAUAACAUUGUUUUCAAUGAUUGGAAUUUUCGGUACAGUGGUGCUCAAUACAAACUUGUAUUAUUAUGACAAAUUCAAGUGCAUGGGAAUGCAUUAUUUUGUGACAAAUCACAGACUUGUCAUUGUUGAAAGCAUGAAUGAUUGUUAUAAUAUUUAUUACCUCAUGCUUCAAGAUAUUGAAAGAGUUUGGAUGAAUGAAGAUGACAAGUUGAUGGCUGAAAUUCAUGAUGAAAAACAUGGUUUUGUGAAAGGUGUGCUUCUUGAACGUGUUUCUGAUCAUCAAUUUUAUUUGAAUGCUCUUUCCAAUUAG